UCGCGACGGUGGCCGUAGCAGCAGCAGCAGCAACAGCAGCAGGCCAUUCACGCGUGCGCCCUAUACUACUGUGAACGCCCUCCGACACGGGUCGCUGACAAACCGAUCGCGCGCGCGCGCGCGCGCCUGUCACGUGAUCGAUGUCGAGCUGCUACAUAACCGUACCACCUGCGCGUGUAUAGCGAGCAGUUAAUCGCCGUGCCGGCAAACGCAAAAGCAUACCUAUUCGCCUCUCUUGCAGGGCUAAAAUUAGAUUGCCAGCAGCUCGCGAGCCGAGUGACCCUUGGAGUGUGAGCAAGAUUGACCUUUUUUUUUCUUUUUUUUUUGGUGCGGUACCGCGGCCUGGCUUUUUCCUUUCAUCGGAGCCCGUUUUGCGCGACAUUGAAGUUGAAGCGAACAGGCACUGUGUGGUUUUAUUAUUAGAUGCAGUGAGGAAUGCGUCGCGUGCCCGCGCGAGAUGAAUGACGGAUAGAGAGCGGCGAGUUUUAUAUGUGGCAAGUCUCAUGAAACGAGCCCACUGCGUACAAGUGACAAUUCGAGCGCGAUCGUCCGUGUGUUACACACGAAAAUAAUAAUGUCGAGCACAUAUCGCGCGAUCGAUUCUCGUGUACUCGGAAAAAACCUCAACGCGGGCCACGUGUACGUCUGUUUGUUGACGAUUUAUUUUUAAUUAUUCAAAAUUCAACUCCUUUCUUUUCAACUACCGUUCGACGAAUAGAACAGCGCUGCGCGAGAGACGACUCUGUCCCCUGUAUUUUUAAUCGCUUUCGUGCUAUAUGCCAAGAAUAAGCUGCGUAGGAGAACCUUAUCGCGUGUAAUUAGAUACAUUUUCUCACACGCAGACAAGGCAAAUUUAUUCUAUAAAAUAUGCAACGCUGCAUAAUCUCAUAAUUAAGUACUAUCGAACAGUGUUACUGAUGUAUUUGAAUUAAUUUAUUGCAACGAGUUUCAAAGUAGAGCAAGUGGAUAUUAUUUGUUUGCAGAAGAAAUAAAUUCUUGAUUCAUUGCAGAAUUUUGAAAAAUAUCGAGGUCCACGAAGCGUCAAUAAUUUACAGAAAAUUGACAUAACUUCGGAGCGCGUUGAUUAAUUCAUGCAAGCGCUAUUGAUUGUCUCGAUUAAGGUCGCUAAUUAAAGUUGGCAACGAGUUUUCGACGAAUUGAAGCUCGCGACACGUCGAACACAAGUACGAAGGAAAAUACUUUUCGAGUUGGAGGGGGCCAUCGGGGGAAAUUGUCGGUUCCGUUGCAUUAUGGUAAGAACGUCCGCGCAAUAAUCUUGCAACGCGCAUGUAGGCGCGCGCGAUGUCGUAAAGAAAGCAGAAACGCACAUGUAAAAGUUGUACGAGCCGAUAGAAAAUUACGUACGUUACCUAAGCGUAUAAUUCGCGACGCCAAUAAACUACUGCUGACCUUUGAGCACACGUAGAAAAAAGCCAUCGAGUGUAUUUUUAUUUCGCUCCAAAUUGCCGACUUGGGCGCGCGUCCUCUCUCUCUCUCUCUCUGUCUGUCUCGUAAUUCGUAAUUCGUAAUCGCCGUGCUCAGAUAAUGCACGUUCGAUUGAUAUUUUCCACGUGCGUGUGUUUGUACAAGAGACCUUGACGCGCGCACUCGUACGUGGAAUGUAUAUGUGUCGUUCAAUGAGCCCAACGAUUGCGGGAUCCGCGAGGUGCAAUUAGCCGCCGAGCGCAGUCGACUUUGUAAUUUGAGGCGUUUGCGCGCGCGUUCGAGUCGCCCUUUGGAGAUGCACGCUUCGAUGAAACGAACGAGCCAUGCGUCGCGUCGACGACAGCCGCAUCCAUUGAGCGGGCGCCGCUUCAUCAGUGGAAUACGAAAUUUUAGUGUCAAUGUGAAGUUAGACGCGCGUGAGAAAGACGUUCGAACGACCGUGCAAAGAGUGCCAUAUCAACGAGAGACGUCGACAUGAAGGACAACGUUCUAGCCUUGUUUCACGCAGCCACGUUUGCGGCCUUUGGGUUUUCGGUCUACUACGACCUGUUCUAUACUCACGUACCACCGGAGGUGGGAAGAGUUCACAACGCAUACGCUGGCAAAUUCAAAUUUCUGACUUUUUGGGAUGCGAUCGCACAAACGUUCUUCUUCUUCGUGUGUCUUCUCAACGAUAUCUUCGGCACGAACAGCCUCACGUCCAAGAAGAGGCCGUUCAUUCGUAGAUUCAAGGAUUUUUACCACGCUGCGAUUGGUUUUCCAGUGUCGAUGUUUGUAGGAUUGACGUUCUGGGGACUGAUGUUCGUCGACCGCGAAUUAGUUCUACCGAAGGCCUUGGAUCCUUACUUCCCGUGGUGGCUAAAUCACUUGAUGCACACCUUGAUCAUGAUAACCACUGUCUUGGAAAUGUUGAUAGCGCCACGAAACUAUCCCAAACGUUCGAAGGGAAUCGGUGGCUUGGCAGGAUUUAUGCUGACUUAUUUGGCUUGGAUGCACUUCGUGUACUACAAGAGCGGAGUGUGGGCUUAUCCGGUGAUAGAUGUGCUUUCCGUGCCACUUAGAAUUGUGUUCUACUUGGUGCUGUUGGUGUUCACGCUCGUCCUUUACUUCGCUGGCGAAGGUUUGGAUCGGCUGAUUUGGGGAUCUAGUUCUUACUCUGUGGACAAGAGCAAUAAGAAGAGAAAACAAAAGUGAACUUAAAUCUAGGAUAUUAUGAUUAAUCUAAUUUUGUAUAUUCAUCUAAAAUGAUAAAAGUGUGAAUUCAAUCUCGCAUUGUGAUGUCACUUAAAUUCAGUUGAUUAUAUAUACUAGGAAUUGUAACGAGAGUCUACUAAAUGUACCUAAUAAUUCUUUUGUUCUUGAUAAAAUAUUGCAGAAAAUGAAAUAUUAUUGCACUCGACAAAAUGCUAGAGGUUAUUGGAACCAAUAAUUGUGAGAUUCAAUUUAUUUUUACAUAAUAAUCUUCUCUAAUACAAAGAUAUUCAAGAUAAAUUUCUAUAGGUAUUGCAUUUAUUCGCGUGCAUUCGUGAAUCAAUCGAUUUAUUAAAGCCUUUCAUAGGGAACUGAUGCGUUUUAUAGAUUAUUUUAUUUAUUAUUUAGAUAUUUUAUCUAUUCAAAUUUAGUCUUUGGUUAAUUGUAAUCAAAACUGCCUUAUAGUCUAAACAUUGCAAAUGAAUGUUUCAAAUGUCUUGAUCAAAUACUCGUAGGCACUUUGUGAUAGGCACAAAUGAAAUCUAUUUGUUCAAGUCUUUAUUAAAUAUGCGCAAGCCAAUACAUUGUCUAAAAAUUUGUUGAUAACGGAAUUGUAUUUUAUUGUAUUUCCAUACUCAACUUUUUUGUUGAUUUUUUUGUCAAUAUUUAACUUCUUUUUUUGUUUUAAGAAUUAUUACUCAUAGUUCUGUAUUUGAUUCUCACUCAUACCACAUGUAGUACCGCAAAUGAAAAUACGUACAUUUUGCAGUAAUUAAAAUAUUUAAAAAUAGCGAUCGUAUUUACUUCUCUUCAACUUAUUUUGACACAUUAUAGUUCUAUCUUACUGA